GCUGUCGAAUUCCAGCUGAAGAGGUCACUUUCACUGAGCACCGAAAGUGUUGCAGCCAAAUAUGUGUAUGUUAAAGAGACGCUUUCCCGGCGACAAACGCAACCAGUUGGACGUUGUUUAGUUUAGUUAGUGCUAGCAACUUGUCGAGUGCGUCUCGUAGAGCCAUGGAUAAGUGCCAGGUCAGAUUUCCCUAUGACAUUCGCGAUGUGGACGCUGCCACCAAUGCCGAACUAUUGGAGUACUUUACAGGUGAGCGCACGGGCUUUGUGCAAGUUGGACCCGAGGGUUAUUUCUUUCCGCACAAGUACAAAGUCCAGGCGGAGCUUUAUUACAACUUUGAGGCGCGUCCCGAUGAUGUCUGGAUAACAACUGUGCCGCGCUCGGGCACCACCUGGACACAGGAGCUAAUCUGGUUGCUGGCCAAUGGCUUGGAUUUCGAGAAGGCGCAGCAACGCCCGCUCACUGAACGUUUUCCCUUUCUGGAAUUUCCCUUGUUUGUGCAUGAUGCUGUCAAAGCAGAGCUUCUGGCUGAGAACAGACACUCUCCGGCGGCUAUGGAAUUCAUUGAAUACAUUUCGCGGCCCGGCUAUGAAACGCUGGGCGAGCUGCCACGCGACCGGCGACGUUUUAUUAAAACUCAUUUUCCCUUCUCAUUGAUGCCGCCGAGUGUUCUAGAGAAUAAAUGCAAGAUUAUUUAUGUGGCGCGCAAUCCCAAAGAUGUGGCCGUGUCUUACUAUCAUCUGAACCGUUUGUUUCGCACGCAGGGAUAUAUUGGGGAUUUUGAGCGCUAUUGGCGCUAUUUCCAGCAAGGAUUAAAUCCCUGGCUGCCUUAUUACAGUCACGUGAAGGAGGCCAAACAGCAUAGUCAACUGCCAAAUGUGCUCUACCUUAACUAUGAGGACAUGCUGGUGGAUUUGCCGGGCACUGUAAUGAGCAUAGGAAAGUUUUUAGAUUGCGUGCCCGAUGCUGUGGGAUUGGAGAAAUUACUCACUCAUUUAAGCAUUCAAAACUUUCGCGAAAAUAAAUCGGUUAACAUGCACGAAAUGGCAGCCGUUGGCAUACUGAAGAAGGGCGAGGCCGGAUUUGUGCGUAAAGGUGGCAAGGAUAUCACAGCCAAGCAGCAUGAUCAAAAAGAAUUUGUAGAUAAUCCAAAUCUGUUAAAGCUUGCUAACGAUUGGAUACAACAAAAUAUUGAAUGUAUUAAAACGAUAUAA